GAUUUAUUAGUCCCGGCACUCCAGAUUGACUGUCCACAUGCUGCACGCUUUCUGAACCCUCAGAAAGCCCUGCCCUGUUCUGCUCCUCUUGUAGUUAACCACAAAAACUGCCAAAAACACAGCCCCCUCUCAUCUCCUCUCUCUCUCUCUCUCUCUCUCUCACACACACACACACACACACACACACACAAAUAUACAAAUAUAUAUAUUGUCGCUGUUUCUAGUUCAUACAUAACUCUCUGUUUUUUACCACUUUCUCUGCUACUAACUAUUGCUUUCUUCUGCAAAACACACAUACUCUCUCUCUAACUUCUCUGGCUUUAUUUUCCUCUAAUAAAAUGACAACGAUUAAUAUGCCGACGGGAAUGUCGGUUUUGAAAUCCGAUACGGUGAGGGUCUACGAUCGACUUUUAUCGACGAAGAAUCUGAGUGAGUUGUUCUCAGGAUCACGAAGCCGUAAAAGAUUCACUCGCAAGGAAAUCGUAUCCGUUAAGUCGAUGAAGGUCACUGAGCAGAGCGAAAUAGCCGAUCUGCCGUCACAAAAUGGACCUUUGAUUUCCGACAAUUUUGAGCUUCAGACUAGUGAUUACAUGGGGGACCAAGCAAAGAUAAAUUCAAAUGCUCCAAGAAAAACAAAGAUAGUGUGUACGAUUGGUCCUUCAACAAGCACACGCGAAAUGAUAUGGAAGCUGGCAGAAACUGGAAUGAAUGUAGCACGUUUAAAUAUGUCACAUGGGGACCAUUCAUCACACCAGAAAACCAUUGAUCUUGUUAAAGAAUAUAAUGCCCAGUUUGAGGAAAAGGUUGUGGCCAUAAUGUUGGACACCAAGGGUCCUGAGGUUAGAAGUGGAGAUGUACCAAAACCAAUCUUGCUCAAGGAGGGGCAGGAGUUCAGUUUCACUAUUAAAAGGGGAGUCAGCACAGAAAAUACUGUUAGUGUGAAUUAUGAUGAUUUUGUAAAUGAUGUGGAGGUUGGGGACAUCCUACUGGUUGAUGGUGGAAUGAUGUCAUUAGUUGUGAAAUCAAAGACAAAGGAUACAGUUAAAUGUCAAGUAAUUGAUGGCGGAGAACUGAAAUCAAGACGGCAUUUAAAUGUGCGUGGGAAGAGUGCAACUCUGCCUUCGAUAACAGAUAAAGACUGGGAAGAUAUCAAGUUUGGGGUGGAUAACAAAGUUGAUUUCUAUGCUGUUUCUUUUGUGAAGGAUGCUAAAGUCGUUCAUGAGUUGAAGGAUUAUCUUAAGAGCUGCAAUGCAGAUAUUCAUGUGAUUGUAAAAAUUGAAAGUGCGGACUCCAUACCAAAUCUUCAUUCCAUAAUUUCUGCAUCUGAUGGGGCAAUGGUGGCUCGUGGAGAUCUUGGAGCUGAACUUCCUAUUGAAGACGUACCUUUAUUGCAGGAAGAUAUAAUUAGAAGGUGUCACAAUAUGGAGAAGCCGGUGAUUGUGGCAACAAACAUGCUUGAAAGCAUGAUUAAUCAUCCGACCCCAACAAGGGCAGAAGUUUCUGAUAUUGCAAUUGCGGUACGGGAAGGGGCUGAUGCAGUCAUGCUUUCUGGAGAAACUGCCCACGGGAAGUAUCCAUUGAAAGCUGUUAAAGUGAUGCAUACUGUGGCUCUAAGGACUGAGUCAAGUUUACCAAUCAGCACCACUCCUCCUGGUCAAUUAAUGGCCUAUAAGAGUCAUAUGAGCAAAAUGUUUGCUUUCCACGCAACCACAAUGGCAAAUACUCUUUCUACUCCCAUCAUUGUCUUCACAAGAACAGGGUCCAUGGCAAUACUUUUAAGUCAUUAUCGGCCUUGCUCGGCAAUCUUUGCCUUCACAAAUCAAGAAAGGGUUAAGCAGAGGCUGGCUCUCUAUCGUGGAGUGAUGCCCAUAUAUAUGCAGUUUUCAGAUGAUGUAGAGGAGACAUUUUCUCGAGCUCUAAAGCUGUUACUGAGCAAGGGUCUGAUGACGGAGGGAGAGCAUGUCACUCUUGUCCAAAGUGGAGCACAACCAAUUUGGCGUGAGGAAUCUACUCACCAUAUUCAAGUUCGUAAAAUCCAAAGUUGAUUUGUGUAGUUGACAUUUUGUAAAUUUGGAAUCAUUUUGAGUUGCUAACAUCUAAAUCGGAGUAAUUAUUUUCUUUUCGUCAUUUUACCUCUGACGAUCAUGUGAUCAGUUCCAUUUUUUGACAUUGUACAUGGUGGAAUUUAUUGAAAACUGUAAAACUUUAUAAUAGACUAGUUUUAUGUCUCUUA